AUGACCGAGACAGAGAAUGUUGCUUCUGCCAAUGGGUCUGAUAACACUGAUGAGAAAGUUGUAAGGCAACUUGAGUACUACUUUGGCAAUAUCAAUCUUCCAAGGGAUAAGUUUCUACAAGACACAAUGAAGAAUGAUGAUGGAUGGGUCCCAAUUAAAACCCUCCUGACAUUCAAUCGUUUGGCUGCCAUAACCAAAGACGUCGAUGUCAUCUCGAAAGCUGUCAAGGCAUCCCAGUCGGAAAUCAUUAGUGUAUCAGAUGAUGGUCUCAAAAUACGACGCAACAUAGGAAAUCCUCUUCCAGAAAAUUCCUUGGAAUACUGGCAGAAGAUUAAACAUUGUACAGUUUAUAUGAAAGGUUUUGAGCAAAACACCACACUUGAUGACAUCAUGAAGUUUGCCUCAAAAUAUGGUCAAGUUGAAAACGUACUGAUGCGUCGUACUAAGCCUGAUCGAAUAUUUAAGGGUUCGGUAUUUAUUACAUAUAAAACUCGGGAGGAAGCAGAAAAAGCUCAAAAGGAUGACGCAAAGUUUGGUGAAAUUGAAUUGACGAAGAUGAUGCAGGAUGAUUACUGGAGUAUGAAGAACCAAGAAACGAAGGAAAAGCGUCAAGCUGAAAAGAUGGCUAAGACUGCGAAGAAGAUUGCGGAGCAGGCAGAGAAAAUGCAAGCAAAAGUGAAUGCCCAUUUUGUGAAGGGGUUGAUCUUAUCUGUGGAUGGUCUGCCAGAAAACUCUUCAAUGCUGGCUAUAAAGGAGUUUUUCAAAAAGUUUGGAGACGUUGGUUAUGUUGUAUACGAAAGUGGCCAAAGUAAAGCGGAAAUUCGGUGA